AUGCCAGAUCCGCGGAAUGCAAAUCCCACCACGCCAGUCGUCAAAAAAGGGAUAAACGUUACGUUGGUGGUUGCGCUGCAGCCAGCAGGCAAGCCAGCAAAAAAGCCAAACAGCUCUGGCGGCAUCGUCAGCGGUCUUCAAUUCUGCCCUAGAAGGCACGGCCGCCCUGGAAGGGGUCAUGAAGGCCACCCCUGGGAUUCGCUGCCUCCUGCGCCGACGACGAGGACCACACAUAAUGCUCUCGGAAAUGUGCGCAACGUCACCAAAGUCGAUGCUGGGAGGAAAAGCGACAGGCCGAUGGAGAGGAUCAUCUACGCCGUCGCCUCGGACAGCAUCUGGGGCCGUAAUGCCCAGAUCACUCGCAGUCGACACCUGGACCGGCGGGUAUGGGGCGUUGCCGUAUUGGUGACGGAUGUGGCACGCAGGCGGCGAGCAGCUGGUCCUUGGGGAAUGCGACGUAGUGCGGGAGAAACUUCUUGCUAUUGUCUGGCCAUGGUCUACAUCGUCUCCAAACACCGCGUCGAGUUUUAA